AUGAUUCUCGUUUUGUCCGGUCUCGGUUACGUUGCGUAUAGUAACUCAAAGCCAUUCAAGCAUACGUUGCUCGCUAUAGUUCGCUGCGCAAGAGUUGGAGAGGCUGCUGUACUCGGAGCCAUCGACUACAAAUGGAUCUUUGCGCGAUCGUACGGAACGGAGGAAGAAAUGGCGCAGGCAUAUUCAGAGUGCCACACGCGCAGCGCGAAGAGGGUAUUGAAGGCUCUGCUGGCGAAUGGAGGUGUUUUCAUAAAAUUGGGGCAACAUAUGUCGUCUCUUAUUAUGCUGCCGAGGGAAUGGACCAGCACUAUGAGGCCGCUGCAGGAUCAGUGCGAGCCUACACCGUAUGAAAAUUUGGAAGCCCUAUUUCUCUCUGACAUGGGCGCAUCUAUAGACGAGCUGUUCGACGAUUUCGACCCAAAUCCCAUUGGAGUGGCCAGUCUAGCGCAGGUACAUGUCGGACAUCAUAAGGCCUCCGGUAAACGCGUUGCUGUCAAGCUACAACAUCCUCACUUAGCAGAGUUUUGCGAUAUUGACAUGGCAAUGGUCGAAGUUGCUCUGGGAUGGAUCAAAUAUUGGUUUCCAGAGUUCGAGUUCACUUGGCUUGGAGAAGAGAUGCGAGAGAAUCUUCCUAAAGAGACGGAUUUUGUCCACGAAGCAACAAAUGCGAAGAAGACCGCCGACGACUUCAAGAAUACGAGAACUUCUCUUUAUAUUCCCGAGGUCAUUGUUGCUAAAAAACGAGUGCUCGUUAUGGAAUAUAUCCAAGGAGCCCGAGUGGAUGAUCUGGAAUACUUGGCCGAUGCCAACAUCGACCGUAAUAAAGUUGCUUUGGAGCUAUCCCGCAUAUUUAAUCAAAUGAUUUUCAUCAACGGCUGGUUUCACGCGGACCCUCACCUUGGGAAUCUAUUAAUUCGGCUUGCACCGCAAACGUCCAAAUCUCCCUAUAAUUUUGAAGUCGUUCUACUUGAUCAUGGCUUGUACUUUGACCUUGAUACGCCACUUCGUGUCAAUUAUGGCAAGUUCUGGCUCUCUCUUUUCGCCCCCGCUAGCGAGGCCGCCAAUGCUGAUCGCCGAAAAUACGCUCAGUUAGUUGGGAAUGUUGGCCCGGACUUGUACCCUAUAUUUGAAGCAGCCAUGACGGGACGUGCUGGUUUAGAGGGGACUUUCGAAAGCGGUACUUUCGAACGUGCCUCAGAUAUGAUGAGCAUAUCUCGACAAACCGAGGAGGAAGUACGGCUGAUACAGGAUACGAUCAUGAUGCGAGAGGGGAUGUUUGCAUCGAUUCUGCACGUCCUGAGACAUGUCCCAAGGAGAGUGCUUAUGGUGUUAAAGGUCAACGACCUGCUAAGGAAUCUGGAUCACUCUUUGAUGACGACACACUCAAAUGUUCGAAUAUUUUUGAUCAUGGCCAAAUAUUGUAUAUAUGCGGUAUGGCAAGACGAUCGGUUGCGUGUAAUAGACAGUAUAAGAGACAGGGGAUUGUUCUCGCUUGGCUUAUUUUUUGACUAUUUCAGGUGUUGGUGGCGAUAUCGAAAAUCAUACACGCAAGUCGUGUUGGCCGAAUCCGUCAUGGACAUCCAAGCCCACUUUGUGAUAACGAGGGCUUGGAUUCGUGGGUUGUUGACCAAGGGGUUUAGAGGCGCGCAUUUAGCUGCGGCUGGUCUCGCAUGA